AUGGUUAUAUGUUUAAGGAAUAACACAAGAAUACCAAUUGAAUUAGAUUUGACAAACACAACAGCACUCGAGGAGACUCUCCUUGCUACCAGAAACACAACAGUAAUUAUUCACGGACAUCAGGGUUCUGCUGUAAGUUCAUUGAAUCCCACAGUGAAAGAUGCUUUGCUGGCCGUUGAAGAUGUAAAUGUGAUCGUGGUAGACUGGUCGGUUUACGCAUCGCUAAGCUAUAGUAACGCAGUUGGUGCUGUAGCAAGCGUUGGAAGCUACUUAGCAGAUACGAUCUCAGAAUUAGUGGAAGCUGGCGUAGUAUCGCUUGAUAAAUUGCACUUAGUCGGUUUUGACCUCGGCGCCCAUGUUGCCGGAUUUACUGGAAGAAAUCUUGAAGGAAAAGUUGCAAGAAUUACUGGUCUCAAUCCAUCUGGAAGGCAAUGGGGAAGCAAUACUCUUCGUUUAAGAUUAAGUGAUGCUCUUUACGUGGAAAUUUUACAUACUGAUGGCAAUGGUAUCUUGGGUAAUGGUGUUGGAGAUCCUAUUGGCACUGUUGAUAUUUACGUCAAUGGUGGAAACAAUCAGCCUGGAUGCUUCCUGAAUCACCACUGCAGCCAUAACCGUGCAUGGGAAGUUUUUGCGGCUACAGUGGAAACAAAUCAUUUAAUAGCUAACCAAUGUGGAAAUAACCUCCAAAUUGCAUUGAACACUUGUCGUGGCAGAACUAUUCCCGUCGGAAAUAAUGAAUUAUCAAAACUCGGAUCUGGAUUAUACCGUGUCAACACUCGAAGAACGUAUCCCUAC